AUGUCGAAUGAAUGGAAUGAUUUUCAACAUGAACAGGCUGGACAAGGUAUGUCAAAAUCCGAUAUGUCAGAAAUGUAUCAAGCUGAACAGAGCGGAUCGAUCGGUGAUAGUGGCAGAAGUGAUGAAUCAACGGCAAUAUCUUCAAUGACGAUUGAAAAUGAUGAUGGCAUCGACGAUAUAACCCUGAAUGAUGUGGCUGGCGCAAGUCAUGAUACCGCGGGUACGGAUGGGGAAAAUGAGCAUGAUGAAACAACAUCGAGUAAUUCGUGGAAUCAAUAUCAACAUGAACAUGCUGGACAAGGUAUGUCAAAAUCCGAUAUGUCAGAAAUGUAUCAAGCUGAACAGAGCGGAUCGAUCGGUGAUAGUGGCAGAAGUGAUGAAUCAACGGCAAUAUCUUCAAUGACGAUUGAAAAUGAUGAUGACAUCGACGAUAUAACCCUGAAUGAUGUGGCUGGUGCAAGUCAUGAUACCGCGGGUACGGAUGGGGAAAAUAAGCAUGAUGAAACAACAUCGAGUAAUUCGUGGAAUCAAUAUCAACAUGAACAUGCUGGACAAGGUAUGUCAAAAAGUGAAAUGUCCGCCGACUAUCAAGCUGGAAAGGACAACACAAGUGAUACCAACAAUGAUCGAGAAACAGACACGAAUGUCCAGCCAUCAUCUUCUGACGUUAAUACACAACAGCCAGCAGAAAAAGAAACAGAAGGAUCUUCAUUCCCAUCUCCUGCAUCGCGUGAAGAGACUCAUUUAUCCACGAACCAGUGGAAUCAACAUCAGCAUGCACAUGGCGGAGAGAACUUAACGCAAGAACAAGUAUCUGCUGGAUAUCAAGCACAAAAGAAUACUUCAGAUCAGAAUGAUAUGAAUACCAGUAACCAGAAAACAGAUGCAAACAAUAAUGUCAAUGAAGACACAGACAUUGAAUCGAUGUUUCCAUCAUCGGGUUCUGAUGUUAAAAUGCAACACCCCCAGCAACAAACACAAGCGCCGUCAUCGACUGACAGUGAGAGUCAGCUCAAAAAUGCAUGGAAUGUAUACCAACAUGAACAUGCUGGGCAGAACUUAACACAGGAACAAAUGUCUGCUGGAUAUCAAGUGCAAAAGGAGAAUAAUAAUAGUCUGUUAUCUGAUCGAACGGACAGCAGACAAGAAUCAAACGAAAAUGAUCAAAAUACUAUCAGCACUUCCCCUAGUGAGAGUACUAACGUCGCUUCGCAAGUACAAACACUAGCAGAACAGCCAAUCACAUCUAAUAGCACAAAUACUUCUAAUAAUGAACAUGAAUCAAAGACCAGAUGGAUUGAAUAUGAGCAUGCACAUAAAGGUCAACAUUUAAAUUCAACACAACUAGCUGAAAGGUAUGGCAGAGAUCAGGCACAGCAACAGCUACAAGAAGGUCAGUAUACGUAUGCGCGGGUCUUAAUUCAGAUCACAAGAAAAUGUCGACUGGCUCUUUUCAAUCAGUUUUGAUUACCAAAGAAAUGUAUUUAUUUUUGGUUUUGGACUUAAAAUCAUUAUU